GGCGGGCCAGUGAAGCCGGCGGCCCUGGCACGUGAUCCGGGAGCAGCUAGGUCGCUUGGUGGCUUGGUCUGUCUGUCCGUCCGCGGGUGCCAUCAUGGCGGACGCGGCCAGUCAGGUGCUCCUGGGCUCCGGCCUCACCAUCCUGUCCCAGCCGCUCAUGUACGUGAAGGUGCUCAUCCAGGUGGGAUAUGAGCCUCUUCCUCCAACAAUAGGACGAAAUAUUUUUGGGCGGCAAGUAUGUCAGCUUCCUGGUCUGUUUUGUUAUGCUCAGCACAUCGCAAGCAUCGAUGGGAAGCGUGGGUUGUUCACAGGCUUAACUCCAAGGCUGUGUUCAGGAGUCCUGGGAACUGUGGUCCAUGGUAAAGUUUUACAGCAUUACCAGGAAUGUGACAAGGUUGAGGAUUUAGGCUCUGGGAACAUACAAAAAGAAGUCACACCUUCCUUUGACCAAGUUAUCAAAGAGACAACUCGAGAGAUGAUGGCUCGUUCUGCUGCUACCCUCAUCACACAUCCCUUCCACGUGAUCACUCUGAGAUCUAUGGUACAGUUCAUUGGCAGAGAAUCCAAGUACUGUGGACUUUAUGAUUCCAUAGUGACCAUCUAUCGGGAAGAAGGCAUCCUAGGGUUUUUUGCGGGUCUUAUUCCUCGCCUCCUAGGUGACAUCAUUUCUUUGUGGCUCUGUAACUCACUGGCCUACCUCGUCAAUACCUAUGCACUGGACAGUGGGGUUUCCACCAUGAGUGAAAUGAAAAGUUAUUCCCAAGCUGUCACAGGAUUUUUUGCCAGUAUGUUGACCUAUCCCUUUGUGCUUGUCUCUAAUCUUAUGGCUGUCAACAACUGUGGGCUUGCUGGUGGAUGCCCUCCUUACUCCCCAAUAUAUACUUCUUGGAUAGAUUGCUGGUGCAUGCUACAGAAAGAGGGAAAUAUGAGCCGAGGAAAUAGCUUGUUUUUCCGGAAGGUCCCCUUUGGGAAGACUUAUUGUUGUGACCUGAGAAUGUUAAUUUGAAGAUGUGGGGCAGGGACAGUGACAUUUCUAUAGUCCCAGAUGCACAGAAUUAUGGGAGAGAAUGUUGAUUUCUAUACAGUGUGGCGCGCUUUUUUAAUAAUCAUUUAAUCUUGGGAAAAUGGAGGUGUUUGGUGUCUGCCUUUUUUAUUCUUUUUCCCAGCACUACGUAAUUUACCGUUGAUAGUCCCCCUUUAAUUACUCUGAAAUGGGAUGUUUUUGCCUCAGACUCCUUACUUAAACAGAAAAAAAAGUUGCAUUUUCCUAAAGGUAUAGGCAGGUGGUCAUGUGGUUUGAGUCUUAAUUUUAAGGCUUUGUAAAAUGUAGAGUACAUUCGCAAGAAGAAAGAAAUCUAUAAAACUUAAGAAAUUUAAUAAGGUAAACUAUGUGGGAGGUUAUGAAUUACCUUUUCUUUAGUAGUCUUUAAAACCUCAGCAUCCACCAGAAUCUGCCUCUCAUUAUAUGCUUCUAAGCACAUUUGAUUCACCCUGUCUCUCAUCCUUCAAAAAAAGACAAUCCAUUGCUAAAUUACCUUGGAAAAUCUCUACAGGGGUAUCCACUCCUUCAGUCUCUUACUGCAAAGUAAUAAAUUGUUGCCAACAACAAAAAAAGGGAAAAUUACAGAGAAUAAGCAAGAUUUGGAAAGGAAGCAUAAUGGCUUCUUUUUCCCCCAGAAAAAAUUCUUGUUGUCAUAAGUCCCUAAAUUAUUUUCAUUGUAUAUAAUUUUUUUGUGUAGAGUAAAAUCUUAUAAUACUUUCUUCAGUUUUUAAUUUUGUUUCUUUUUUGUUGUUGCAGAAGGUGAGUAGUUUACUUUUCAGUCCUAAUGACACCCUUGGAAAGUGUACUUAUAACUCCUUAUCUGAUAACGCAGACUUAAGUCCAAGGGGUUCUUAGGAUAUUGACCAUCUCGCAUGUCAUACCCUCAGUUAAGCAUGUUAACAUUUAUAGGAGGAAAAAAUUACUUUAGAAGGAAAUAACUUCAACUCCAGCAUAAAGCUCCUAUUUACUCAGGCCUUUUUAAAGCAGCUUAAAAUGCUCUAAAUGAGAAAGCAUAUGGUUUCAUUUAAGUAAUCCACUGGAUAUUGCCAAAUGAGCAAGCACUUAAUUUGCUGCUCCUCAGACUUCUCUAUCAAAAGAGCAGCGCCUGUAGUAUUAGAGUGAGCAUGUAGGGGUCUCCUCCUUCCCUCAGGGUUUAGGAAUACAGCCUGAAGUUCAUGAGUAGCCUACCGUGAAAUGUCUUUGGUGUCUCUUGCUUUGUCACAAAAAGUAAUGUAAAUUUUAUAUUCUAUUCAAUAUUAUCUGCAUUUGUUUUCAUAUGAAACUGUUUUGCAUUACCCACUUUUUCCCCCCCAAAAUUCUUCAGUAAAGAUGAUCUAGGAAAAUG